GUUCCCAUUGAUUUUCCGGCGGAGGGCUAUUCCGGUGUCGACGUAGACAGGUAUAUAUAUGAAGGCUAUACACUUUUAUUUUUAUCCAUCCAAAAUAUUCCUCUCUCUUUGAUUUGCUUAAAUCCCACAGCUAGUUCUUGAUACUGAGUUAGAGUUGAUGAAAUUUGAAAGGUAUUUGCUUUUAUUUUGCGAUUGACAUCAAUGGUAAAAUAUCAGAUAGGAUAUCAUCUGAGCUGUUUGGUGGAGUUGUAAAAAAAUGGCGGACGAUUACACACCUUAUGCGUAGAUGAAAUAACCGAGAUAGAACAUGAUAUAUAGCACUCAAAAACCAGACCACCAAGUUGAGAAAGUUGUAAUCGCUGAAGUCUAAGAUAGAAUCUCCAGCGGUUCUCGGAAAGUCAAUUUUUAAGAAGGAUAAACUCAUUCUGACCGAGAGAAAGUCCCAUUAUUCUUUAUUUUUCUGACCUUUAUAUUAAAAUUUAUUUGGUCUGCGCAAUGCGUGGCGGUCGGGAAAAAUCGGAUGUGCUUAACCAAGCAGCGAGAAGCCCGGUCAUGCUCAUAUCGUCGCGAUAUUUUUUUUGGUGCUUUAAAACGAAAGCAAGAAAGAAGUUUUGUGAUCUGGCUUAUCACUUUUGUUGUUUGGUACAAUCUAACCGCCAUGAUAAGCUAGCAAAAAAAUUAGUUCAUUCUCGCAAGGAGCCUAGUCUAAGGUAACUCUGUUCUCGCCCCAGACCCUCGAUGAUGUUUCUCUUUUCUGGGGGCACCAGUGUCUUUAACGAGUGUCUAGGGUAGAGAAUGUAGAUUUGCGAGUAGCUUUACAACUGUUUUGUUUCUUCGAAAAGUUGUUAUUGGUGUUGUAUUUGCGUCUUUAGGGUGGACUUUGAGAAAUAUCCUGGACUUAUUGACGUGGAAUAUUACAAUGUGACUAUGCAGGCAGGGGAUUGUCUGUUCAUUCCCCAAAGAUGGUAAUUAUUCUAUUAACUUGAGAUCUAGAAAAACUGGAUUUGAAAUAAAACGCCGAAUCAUUGCAUUGUCAGCCCGAAUCAUCUUUUCACGCAGUACAUUCGAACUACCGAGUGAUUUCGAGGGACAAACAAAACACUAAGAACAAUAAUAAACAAUUGAAAUAAGUAAUAAAAAUUAAGUUUUAGAGACUACAAUUUUGAAGGUGUCCUUACUUUUGGCCAGAGGAUAUUUUACAUUUUGAGCUGUUUUGGAUAAGGUGCCCAAUGAAUUCUGAUAGGUAUACAAAAAUUUGUAGUCGUGAGAAUCGCAUAUUGCAAUCAUUAACAUUGCAGAAUUAAUGAAGAUUUUCCGAAAGUAUUGUUCACGCCAAUUUACGACCGUCUCGUGACAUUUUGCGAAAAGAAUAGGUACUAGUACCUACUUUAUUUGUUGCUGCCCUGUCCACACUAAUGCAUGUUCUUUGUCAUCGAAAACGCAUCGAACGAUUCGUGUCCACACUACCGUUUUUAUGCGAUCUCGACUGUCCACAAAAGGGUAUAGAAUCGCUGGUUGUGACGUACGUUGAACUCUUUGCCCAUUCUACAAACAUACGCGCCUGCGAUAUUUUCGGUCAUCCUUUUCACUCGAUACGUCUUCGACCGUCUACACUAAUACGAUAUGUAUGCAUUUCCGUUUUGAUCCACUUAGUUUCAAAAGCGUUUUCAAAUCGAUGCGUUUUCGAUGAAACGGCGCUAAGCGUAUUAGUGCGGAGGGAAGGCCUAAACGCGUCGAAUUGUAUGCGUUUUCAAACGAAAACGCAUUAGUGUGCGCGGGGCCUAAGGCCACUCUUCUUUUACCCUAGACAAUGAUUCCACUGAAACUCGGUAACAACUAGCGAAUUUGUUGAUGCUGAGAAUGUCUAAAAACCUGACACUAUCAAUAUCAGUUUGUCUUCCUUUUGGAAGGUUUCAUCAAGUGCGGUCGUACGGACGAAACAUAGCUGUGAAUCUAUGGUGGCAUCAUUUUCCGAAGUUCAUACCACAGUACUGCGAUGGAAUGGAACCGAAUCAGACGCUAGAAAAGUUCAAUUUUACCUCACUUGAUGAGUUAAUGGAGUCAAGAGAACAUGACAUGUUGUAA